AUGUCAGAAAAUGAACAUGAUGUAGAAGAACAAGCAUUCUUGAAAGAAGUUACAGCUCAUCUACCAUCAGACUGGUCAGAUGAACGAAGGAAUACUUAUGUUCAAAGUGUAUUAACUAGUUGGCAAAAACAUCGAACACAUUCACGUGAUGAACUACAAUCAAGGGAAAAAUAUUUAUCUACUAUACGGCAAUAUUUUAAACCCCAAUCACUUGAACUCUAUGAUUUUAAACAAUGGCCAAUCAAUGAAAAUCUCUUAGCGAUGCUGGUUCGUGGCUCACUUGAUUCUGAUAUUGUUAACCAAAUACAAUCAACAGGUGUUUAUACGUUUUCUUUUCUACCUACAACAUUCUGUCAAACAUUAAUUAAUGAAAUAGCGUAUUUCGAACAAUGGUGUGUUGAUAAUGGGCUAGAAUUGUAUCGACCGAAUUCUAUGAAUAAAUACGGUGUUAUUCUUGAUCAUUUUGGAUUUGGCAAAUGCUUAAAUGAUAUUAUUAACAACAUUGUAGAGCCACUAACUCGACUUGUAUUCACACAUGUAAUACCUCCUCUUGACUCUCAUCAUGGUUUUAUUGUUGAAUAUGCUAUGGACAAAGAUAGAAAACUUGAUUUUCAUGUUGAUGAAGCUGCAGUAACGUUAAAUGUUUGUCUUGGAACAGAUUUUACAGGUGGUCAAUUGUAUUUUGGUGGAGUGCGCUGCGCAUCUCAUAUUGGCACGACCAAACCAAGAGCCGAUGAAGAGAUUUAUCUUGAACAUCAAGUUGGUACAGCAUGCCUUCAUCUUGGUAAUCAUCGACAUCGAGCAAUGCCUAUAACUAGUGGACGACGAUUAAACUUAAUUCUAUGGUGUCGAUCAGCAAAUUUUGAUGCUGCUAAAAACAAUCAUGGAAGUAAAACAUGUCCAACUUGGUGUGGAUUUCAUCAAAUCGAAAAGAAAGAAGAUAUUUAA